AUGGAGAUCCAAGCCUCGGCUGUCACCGCGGCAGCCGCGAACCUCCACGCGCUACGCCAGCACGUAUUCAAGAUGUCGGAUUACUGGCAGCAGCCGCAACGCGGUCCGCCUCAACAUUCACCCGGGAUACAGCAUAGUCCCAUCUCGAAUUCGACGCAGCAUCAGCAGCAAGUCCAGCAGAUGCACAGUCCGCUCGGGCAGCAGCAGCAGCAACAGCAGCAGCAGCAGCAACAACAGCAGCAGGCCGCGGUCUCGCAAGUGCAGCAGAACGCGAACGCGACACUUGGCCAGACCGCAAGUCCCCAACAACAGAUACAGCAACAACAACAGCAGCAUGCGUUAUCGAUGAACCAGGCUAAUCAGGGCCCGCAGCAUCAGUCUUCCCCGGCACCGACGACGCCGUCGCCACAGGCGGAUCAUCAGGGCGCCAUUGCCUCUAGUAUGGCCCAGAGUCUGCACAGCCUCGCCCAGGCGCAGACGAUGUCGCAGGCGUCGAGUCCGUCAUUGGCGGUCCAGGCCGUCCAAGCGGCUCAGGCGCUCAACCAGAAUCUGGGCCAAGCGCUAACCCAAGCCCUUACGCAAAACAUGCAGCAAAACCUCGGACAAACCCUACAGCAUAAUUUGACGCCGAGUUUGUCGCCGCAACAACAACAGCAACUGCUUAACCAACCGCAAAAUCUAAGCCAGGCGAACCAGAGUCUGCAACAGAACAUCCAAGCGCAGAAUUUGUCCCAGACGCUGCAGCAGGCGCAGAACCUCAGCCAGGCGCUUAACCAGCAGACGUUGCAACAGCAAGCGCAAAAUCUCACGCAGAAUCUGCAAGCGCAAAAUCUCACCCAGAAUCUGCAGCAGCAGGCGCUCAACAUGGCCGGUACCAUCGCGCAGAACGGCGGUCUCGCCGGUAUGAACAUGUCGGGCAAUCAACAGCAAAAUUCACAAAACUCCAUGCUGAGUCCAGGCGCGACCAGCCAGGACUCCCACGACGCCACGCUCACGGAGAAGCUCGUCAACGAGUUACAGUCUCGUGCCUCUGCGGCGGGGCUUGGAGGUGCAGUAGGUGCCGGCGGUGGUGGAGGAAUGGGCAACAUCAGCGAACGCACCCUCGAGGAAUGCUGGUCCACCCUGCAGCGAAUCUUCAUGCACAAGAGCGCGAUGCAGAUGCACGCGAGGGAGCUGGGCGCGGGUGCACUGACGGGGAGGCCCGGCGGCGGCGUCGCCGGCGGCCUGGCCGGUCUGGGUGUCGGUGUCGGCGUCGGCGUCGGACCAGGCGGCAUGAUCGCCGGCAACGAAGUUAAGCCGCACCAGUGCCAGCAGUGCCUCAAAUCGUUCUCCAGCAAUCACCAGCUCGUGCAGCACAUCAGGGUCCACACCGGCGAGAAGCCGUACAAGUGCAGCUACUGCGACCGCAGGUUCAAGCAGCUCAGCCACGUGCAGCAGCACACACGACUGCAUACGGGUGAACGACCGUACAAGUGCCAUUUACCGGACUGCGGGCGGGCCUUCAUCCAACUGUCGAAUUUGCAGCAACACCUGAGGAAUCACGACGCUCAGGUGGAGCGGGCGAAGAACCGGCCGUUCCACUGCAACAUCUGCGGCAAGGGUUUCGCCACGGAGUCCAGCCUCCGUACUCACACGUCGAAGGUCAGUCAUUGUUCGAAGUACCCAUGGCAACGAUUAAAGGAGUUGCAACAGCGUGUUGUGUUCCAGCAACACGCCGCCCUGAUCGGCGGCCCGAACGCAACCAGCUGUCCAGUAUGCCACAAGCUCUUCCUCGGCGGCGAGGCGUUGAUGGAGCACAUGAAGCACACCCAUAAGGACCCGAACGCCUCCGGAGUUGCCAUUCCCUCCGCUGACUGCACAACCUCCGUUGCCGGGGUUUACCUAGCGAAGCGACGGACCGCCAACCACCCGUGCCCAGUGUGCGGGAAGCACUACGUCAACGAGGGUAGCCUUAGGAAGCAUCUGGCCUGCCAUCCUGAGACCAGUCAACUUAGCACGAGCCUCAGGAUGUGGCCGUGCUCGGUGUGCCAAGCCGUCUUCACUCACGAGAGCGGUCUCCUGAGCCACAUGGAGCACAUGAGGAUGGACCCGAAGCAUCAGUUCGCGGCGCAGUACGUGCUGAGCCGCGCGGCCGCCGAAAGGCGGGAGAGAGAGAUUCUCGCGAGUUCGAGUUUAGGAGCGGGUUUGGGCGUGUUGGGAGGAAGUCAAUCCGGAGGACCGCAAAAUUUGCAACAACCACCAAUGUGCCCGUCGCCGUCGGCCCAUUCAGACAGUAGUAGCGGCAACGGAAGACUUUCGUCGGCCGGUAGUGAACCUGAUUUUUGCGCAGGCACCGGUCUACUGAACAAUAACAACAAUAACAACAACAACAAUAUGGCGUCGCCGGGGCCGAGCGGCAACAAGCUCAGCGAGAUACUGCGAACGGGAAGUCAACCGGGUUCGGCGCAGCAAUAUCACGACGAGAUGCAGUCGCAGCAACAACGCAUGGCUGUCAUGGCCGCGGUGUCAGCGGGAUUGCAAAAUUCCGUGUCGCCUAAUCUUUCGCCGGUCGACAUGGCGUCGCUUGCGGCGGCUAUGAGAAUGGGCAAUAACGGUGACAUGAGCGGUAGUACUCAAGGAUCGACGGGACCCCAACAGCAGGGAGUGCAAGCGAGCGGACCGGAGCAGGCUCUGAGGAUGCAUCAGGCGGAAGCUCUGCUCCGUUCUCAAGCUGAAGCUGCCCUGCGACUCGCGGUAUCUCAAGCGGCGGCAGCCGCGGCAAGUUCCGCGGUGGGCGGCGACGUGAGACAUCAUUUGGGACAGCACAACGGAGGCAGCACCUCCGGCAUGCCGGGACACCAUACGAAUCAACAAAUGUCCCAACAAGAUACCCUAACGCCGGAUCUCGGAGAAGCGCUACGGCUACAAGAGCAGCGAUUAGAGCAGGCCCUCAGGCUUCACGGCGGCGACCCGCGCGCCUUGAGUUUCACUCUGGCUCAGCACGUCGUCAAUCAGCAGAGCAAUCAGCAACCAUGAAAAUUCAGUUACUACUGAGACGAGUGGACCCCUUGGACGCCGGUCACGCCAGAUCAGACGACCCUGCAGCAGAACGAGCGCAUGAACCAACAGCAGUCACAAUCGGAGCGCUCGACGCCGUUGCACGAUCAACAGCAGCAGCAGCAGCAGCAGGGCCCGUCUUCCAUCGGUCAUCAUCAGCAGCAGCCUGAAGACCGUGGCGUCAAGAGAAAAGCCGACGAGAUGAUCGGUAACUCCGAGAACGCGUAAGAGCGAUUACGCUCGUUGCGGUCGACGUGACGUAACGUAACGUCUCAUCGUCGUCGCUGACGUAAUUCGCCCCUGCGUCCAAGUGCGGUCGCCAGAAUUUCACUCAUUAUCUCAGCAGUAAGAAAACGUCAAACAAAAAACGGACUUCGUGAGAAGGAAUGUGUACUUCGGUGUCUUCCUAUCCGGAUAGAACCGACACGUGGCCGGACCUCAACCGGAAAUUGAUCGAGGUGAUAUCGCUCUCGAUUGAACGAACUCUCCGGAUGAGGCCGCGCUAGACGACGGGAGGAGAGUGAGAAUACGUACGUGUAUAGCGAAACCGUUGCACGGCGCGAGGCGGUCAAGAUCGCAGUGGCGACGGUCGUCUCUCGCGAUACCCCGCGCGCGUUUUUCCGCGCGGUUCCGCGAUCGUUGUUCCUACACCGGUCCUGAAUCAAGGAUCUUGUCGAACGGAAUCCGCGACGGCGUUUUCAACAUUCGUCCUCGUAUUUCGUUAGGAUUCUCAGGACACGUCGCCACUGCCGUACCACCGCCUCGACUUCCGAAACGUGCCAUAAUAACUAACGAGAAGCUGCUUAAAAAAAAAAAACAACAUUAAGUCAUCCCGGACGUCCCGUUUCCGGGACGGUCCGGGGUGCGUCCCGAGGUACUAUGAUCUUUUAGUACAAGAGCCGAUCGAGCGGCAUGCCGACGGUGCCGAGGGUCCAACGGGCGAUCCUCGACCGUCCCGUGCUGGCCAGGCUCAACAAACCUAAACUAUAUAUAAAUAUAUACUAUAUAUAAUUAUACAUAGAUACGUCUAUCACCACCGAACCGCGCUUAAAAAGGUUCCACCCCCUAAAGCCCCCUAAAUCGUAAAAAAAAGUUCCCGUGAUGCUUAAAAAGCGAAUCGCACACACCCAAUAACACCCACGUACGCAGGCUCAUCGUGACGUGUGCGUCGCGCGGUCGCGACGAACGGUUUCCACCACCGGCGAGUGGUGUCGUGUCGUCCGCGUUGUACGGUUGUUAAUUAUAUACGUACCGAAAAUCCCCUUCCCCGUGUGUGUGUGACAGACGGACGGCGACGCAAUCCGUACGGACGUUCUCUCACUUGCGAUCAACGUUUUCGCGCGACGACGACAAAGCGACGUUGACAUUUCGCGCACGAGAAACGAACGUCGUCGGAACGUAAACGCGUCGGAACAGAUACGUACGCACACACACGAGCAUACACACAAGAAACACACGUAAAUACAUUACACAUAAACAUAACACAUAUGUACACAUGUACAAUACAUAUAUAUUACGAAACUCAUCAGCAGCACACUUUUAAGGUGAAGAUAUAAUGCGCGCAACUUGUGCUCGUCGGUAGCACGAAAACUAUUAGCUCAUAAGCGAACAAACAAAAUAUAGUUAUUACAAACAGUUAUAUUAUAUAUAUUAUAUAUACAUACAGAGUAUGAAGAGUAUGACAGAGACAAAAAAAAAACGGGCGAAACCCAUUCACACUUACACGUUUAAUUGAAGGUGCGGUAAGCGUGAAAGAGCAAGCAUUUUUCGUGAGCAAAGCACGCGACGCGGAGAAGAAGAGAGAAAUAAAAAAAAACUAAAUGCUAAAUAUUAUAUAUAUUAUAUAUAUAAAUAUUAUAAAUAAUGAAUAUAGGGUCUAUGAGACUAGGAUAGUUAGGCGAAAGGGAAAUACGAGCGAAUGCGGAGCGCGCGCCCGCGUUAAAAGUUUUACGCGAUCCCAAGCAUUGUCGACGUGAGAAUGCGACGAAGCACAGGUCGCGAACGUAGCGGAGGAGAAGUGGCAUGUGCGAACGCGAGAAAGGGCGGGAGAGCGAGAGAGGGAGAGAACGAACGAAUACGUGAAUGAUUUUACAAAUGAACGACCUUGGGAUCGGCGUAGGCGCGCGGGCGCGCCGUCGUGCGAAUGGGCUGAUCGAGUAAACGUGAAUGCUUCGUGAGCAUCAAGGAGGAGCGAAUGCGAAGACGAGAGUGAGAUUUUAGAGUGGCAUGCUUCAGGUAAUCUGAGGUCCUGUGAUCGUUAUAAGCGAAAUAUUUUUUUAUUUCCGGGUAAUAUAAUCUGAAACGCGUAAAACUCUUGCGUCGUUUUGAACUUUUACUUGCAAUAUACCGUUACGUUCUCGCAAUACUUAGGAUGAAGGAGAAUAAGAAGAAGACGAAUAGGAAAUAAAGAAGGUGGAUGAACAAAAAUAAACAAAAGAACAAAAAGAAAAAGAUGAUACGAAGAUGAGGAUGACGAGGGAGAGGAAGAAUAUGAAGAAAAGUCCGUAGGUUUGAUCGUGGAGCGAACUUUUUAGAGACUCGAGAACCAGCCCUAUUACCCUCUCAAAAUACCCUUUUUCACGACGUUCAAUCCCGAAUCUCCCGAAAGCCGACCAAAAACCUUUCGUCGCCCUGUCCAUCUCUUUGAAUUUUCGACUUUAAAGCUUUAUGGAUCGUUCGUACUUUUGACGGGGUUAUCUUUCGAUGAGACCAGACGAGAUGAAGACGAGACGCUGACCGUAGUUAAAAAAAAAAAAACACCGGGGAGAAUCACGUUUGACGUUUCAUUGGAAACAAUUUUCUCGGAUCACGAAAAUGCGAAUUUCUGAAAGAAAGUAAAAACCGACGGAGAUUUACAUUACGCGAUGGAAGCAAAAGUAAUAAAGUAAAGAAAGGCCAAAGCAUUGAAAAGUCGAUUCGAUUUUUUCGUUUCGUCGAUUGGCAAUCGUGGACUGAACAGAAUGCGGAAUUGAAUGAUAUAAUAUGCCGAACUUGAUCAUAUCAGUGUCGACUGCGUUACUGUUGUCGUUUCCUUUACGGAGACUCUCGACGGGACAUUUCGUUGACCGGCUCAUUUUCGAAAAUCAUCCCGGGCCCCUUCGAUCCUCGCGUUCCAUCCGAAAGUCCUCCCUUCACCUUGUUCCCCAAAAACUGUUAGAACUCUCCAAAUUUCAUCAAGUGAAAUUUCACCUACGAGCAAAAUCUUUUCUCUCGCUACGUUUGGAAAUCAUAUUUUUCCGGGAAACGAACUGUGAGAAAUUAUCUAACACAAAAGAAAUUCUUCCCUUUUAUAACGUAUAUAUAUUUCUCCUUCCCAUCUUUCAUGACCAUUUGUUCGCCAAUUACGAAAAUAACCUAACGUCGUCAUCUUCGUUGAACGUAAAAGACACGCGCCGAAAAGCCGCCGGAUAGCCAGGCUUUUUGACCAUCUGGGACGAGAGAUGAAAAGAUCACUAAAGGAUUCAUCGUCAAAGCUACAUUUAACAAUCGCACUCGUCUCGCGAUCGGGACUCGACGGAUACGUUCGCAUAUUUCCCUUCCAAAAAAUUUACUGAAAUUCGCUCUUUUCUCGAAAACAUUCUUAUCGCAAUUAGGAUCUUACGUGAAAUCAAGCGUGAAGUCGGAAAAUUUGGGAAAUUCAUAAUCUUUGAAUUUAUCUUAAUUUUUUGCGGGAAAAAGAGAAAUAGGCGGACCUCCUCGAGUUCCGGUGAUCGCAACCGCGGGUCGAUUCAUUGAUCGUUAUUAAAGUUUUUGCGUUACAGGGCGUUUUUUCCUCGGAUUAAGUAGUAUGUAAAUACACCUUGAUAUCACAAGCAUAAACUGAGAAUUUACUGGUAAACUUAAACGAACGUACAUAAUGCGAAAUAGGGUUAGUUUCUAUGUAAAUACCUAAAGCUGGACGAGUGCAUACACCUCGUUCACGCAACCAACGAUAAUCGUUUUUUAUCGAACCAGAGCUUCUGUUCGUUGUCGGCGCGUGCCCACGAUGAUUGGCGAUCGCUUCCGCCUCCCCCUAUCCCCGCCGCCGCCCUGAAGGGUGGACUUUACCAUCACCCGAGGGAAGGGUCGCGUGCGGGAGCGUUCGCUGUCUCUCGCGGGUAUCACCGAUCGGGAAAUUCUUUUUUUUUCUCGACACUGAUACAUUUACACACAGACACACACCACACGGCAUUGCGAUGGAUUGUACAGCUAUCGAUAUAGGAAAACAUCUAAAACACAAUCGUCGCACAUUUCGACGCCCGCCUAACACUAUAGGGAUCGAUUUUUCAGAAAGUUUUUAUCGCAACAAAAAAAUUUUCGCGUAAUUGUUUUUCGGAUAAUUACAAAAAAAAUCGCGAAUAAUGAAACAUAUGAUAAGUAGUAUAUGGCAAAAAUGUGAGGCGCUUCUGUGCGAAAGAUGCGAGCGUGCUGCACGAAACUGAGAAUGAAAGAGACGUGAGAAAAACUGGAAGAGAGCGAAUGCAAAAUUAAUAGAUUUGGAAAUCCGUUUAGUAAAGGAAUGCCGGUCAAUAUCGGUGAGUUUGAGAAUGUGGAGCGAGUGAAUAGAAUUUAGUUAGGCGAAGCUGUUAGCACGUGUCGCUCGCGUGACCGAAGCGCGGAGCAAAUUCUCGAGUCUUGGAAUUCGCGAGUCAUCCAAUAACGAUUUUCGAAGUGAAUCGUAAUUUCAUUUUCACGGUCCUUAACCGAGCGUCGAGAGAUAUUAAGAACGGUGCACGAAACAGGUAGUAAAGAGCGCGAAAGAGCGAAAUAAGAAACAGAAGGAUGGAAAAGGUCAGCGUUUACUAGUUACCACCAUAUCACCAUCACAAAAAAAAAAUUUAAUAAAACAAUAACGACAACAAUACAAAACACUACCACCACCACUACCACGUCGGAAUCCUUCAUGAUGAUCGCGGUCAUGAAACGAUUGACAGACGACUGUUUUCGACCGGUGCAUCCUGCCGUGCGCCGAGGGUUGCUUUUUCAAUCGGUAAAACGACAAGCGUAACGAUCGGAGGGGAAGGUUUCCCAACCUUCUCCCCCGAUCGCGCGAAUUAAAUGAACACAUCUUCGCGAAGAAAGAAUUCCCGAGGCGCCGGCCCGUGCCCCGCGAACGUGUACCAUAAUUUUAAAUUAAAACGAAAGGUAAUGCAAGGGAAAAAAACACACACACAAGCGCGUUAAACAAUAGAUCUAGUAGUGUAUGUUCUGUAAUCAACUGAGAAGUAAGCGAGGAUAAAGAUAAAGAAAAAGUAAUAAUAAAAAAAAUGCGGGUCACACCGCGAAAAAAAGCACAAAAAAAUAAUUUACAAAUAUAUUGAUUUACAUAUGCCCGUAACUCGUAAGGGGGCCGGUGGCGCAAACGCGCCCGCGUGAGAUUUUCGGGCCUUAACGACGACGAAGGAGAAGAAGAGGAGACGGCGGGACGUAUACACACGGCGUCCGCGAGCCGCGACGCAAGACGAGCUCGCGGUCAUAAAGCGGAAGCGGAUAAAGCGCGAAAGACCGUGGAAAAUCUGAGGAGACGGUUGGGUCGUCCGUCUUCGUCGCGAGAGAGGCGCGGCGAGCCGCGCUAAGACGACGAUGAGGAAGAGAAGGAAGCGGCUGUGAGCAACGACGAGAUACAAGAGGAGAGACGGAGGCUCACGAGCGCCUAACGACGGGAGAAUCCGGAGAGGAAAACCCCCGAGGCGUCACGGACGACCCGAAGCGCCCGACCGUAGCCCGACUCGUGGAAACACGACUAGCAAGUAGUCGAAAAGAGGCCCACUAAUGGUAAUAAUGAUGAAAAUAAAUAUAUAUAUACAGAAAGGUAUAUAUAUGAUGAGGAAAAUCCACAGCGCGACGUCGCCUGCAAAAUCGGCCCUAUCCAUAAUCUUAAUCUCUUUCAUGUAAAUUUGCUAAAUGUUUAAAUAAUCUAAAAAGUGCCAUAGCCCGGAUGCGCUGGUGCAUACUCCCAGCGCAUACACACUUACAAAUACGACUCGACCUUCACGAAUCAAACGAAAAAUCCGCGGUUACGCUUGCGCGAAUGCGCACGCGGCCGCGGUAGAAUUGGUAUUCUCGCCAAGGAACAAGUACAAUAACAACAGUGACAGAAACCAACGCAAACAGGAUACACCACAAGGAACGUGCGCGUGCCCCGCGUCGCCGGGGCGCGCGUCCCAAUGAUACACAAGUUAAAGCGAAGUUGCCCUGGUCCACGAGCGUGCAACCCCGCGCGCUCAAACAGUUCUCAAUACACGAGCACGCGUGCAUGCGUGCGUGCGUGCGCGCGUGUUCACCCAUACAAUGUACAAGUACAAGAACACAAUUUUAUACACUUCUUAUACACUUGAAGCACACUUGUCUACACUUAAUUACACACGCUACGGAUAUGUAAAGCCAAUUAAUUUUGUAAAUUGCCUAAAAAGGAAUUUUUGAAAAGACACGAUUCGGCCAUAUAAUAACGUUAUAUUUUUGCGCGCGUCAUGCAGAAAACAGCCGAUCCGCCUAGGAAAAGGUAUCCGGGCCUUUCCCGAGAGGGUAAGAAGCCUUGCUCCUUUUCAGGCGGAGAAGCGUCUUCUCGGGCGCCGUUGGAAAACAUUGAUCGAUUUUUCACGGUAAUUUGGGAAGAAAGAGCAAAAUUCGUGGUAUGAUAUAACGGCACACGCGUUUGUGCUCGUAGUGCUACACGUAAGGUACGUGUAAACGCAGCAAAAUUUCGCGGCCUUUGGCAUACGUUUGGAUGCAGUACCGAUGAUGAACGGUGCGUGCGUACUCGCGUGAGAUAAGCGCGAGUGCGCACGCCCAAAACACAUCCCGGAUUUGACACGAGAGUACCCGGAUGUGACGUGUGGGCGGCCUCUUCGUCGGGCUCUGAGUUCCGACGACGGACAGGUGGCGAGGUGCCAGAGAAUUUCGUCAAUGAAAGUCGAUGACGAGCGAAAGGGAGGAAGAAAAAGAUUUUGAGAAGUGUGACGGACAAAGCGGCGAAUGAAGUUCGAAGCCCUUUGUUCGUCGAGAGAGAGAGAAAGAGAGAGAGAGAGAAUAGAGAGGCACCUUGGAUGCCACCUAGAGACCCCUGUUCCACGAGACGUAAUCACGAAAGGUGUAAUAACCAUAUGAGGAACACAUAAGAGGAAUGUGGCAGCGGCAAUUGCAUAAGGGCCGUUGUUCGAGUGCGGCUUUACAAGCAAAAACCGUUGGUUUGUUUUUGAUCGGGUUUUAAUUUUUUAAUGAAAUAAUCUCACGACACGCGAAUACAUAUCAUGUACGAUCGUGUGCGCGCGCGCGCACGCGCCCGGCGCAAGGAUUUUGCGGUGCAGCAUGAGAUUGCGCGGCAAUAUUUGCUGGGGGCAACGGCACACGACGCGACGUACGACGUAUGUGCAUAUUAUUCGCGGCAGUGUGUAUCGUAAGUGCGCAGCAUAUGAUAAAACCGACAGUCUAGCAGUGCGAGCGCCUCGGCGGCAUUCGCGUUUUCACGCGGUGACCCUGACCGAGCCUCCGUGAUUAAAAACCGGAAUAAGUUGUUUAAAUGUCCACUAUAUAAAUGAAAGAGCCAUAGUUGUUAAGGCGAUGGGCUCCGUCGUUCGGCGAGUCGAUUCGACCUCACACCGCAUACACGCGUUCGUCCUGACCCCGGAGAGAGAACUUCGAGAGAGAUGACGGCGGCGAGUCAACGGGGAAAACGCGCAGACAGAUACGGAGACUUCAACGACCGCGAAAACUUUUUGGCAUACCGGCAAAAUUCCGAGGUUCCUGGCAGAUCGAAACAAUCGAGGUAGCCGAGAUAAUCCGAUUUGGGAAUUUGACAUCUAAAUGCAACGUUUGGCGCAAUCAAAAUUCAAUUGAUUAUAAUCCAUAUUCUCGAUAUUUUUAAUAUUAAAUGUGACUCCUCGAUUUUUAUCUCUUAAAAGGCAUUCUGUGCCAAGAGAAGGAAUCCAGAGGUCAUGUUUAGUGUUGAAUAUGUAAAUGUGGAUUUUUAUCUCGGCUACCAAGCGGAUGGGAAAGAAAGAGAGAGGGAAACACCGUGAACGGAGAGCAUCCAGAGACUCUAAACCUUAUGAUCGAUCGAAGUCGUGAAGAAGUAGCGACUGCCAUGAUCCCAAACAAUCCACACAAUUAACGGUCGACGACGACGAGCGUGCGGUCCCAUCGCGCUGUCUCGUCACGGAUAGACCAUGCGAACACGAGACGAUGCUCGAUCGUAUUCAUCGAUCGGCUCGAUCAUAUCGCGUGAUCUCCCCGUGGUGAGGCGAUACUCUUUUCAAAAUAUUCUUCAUACUUCCGUUCAGGAGAAUGUGUUUCUUUUAACCUGAAUCCGAGCAACCCCCCGCAUGCGUGUCCGAGGUGAAAGGCCGAGUCCGUUUAUUUGGCAUUAAAUAAAAAAAAAGGAAAGAAAUCGAUAAUCGGUUAGAGAAGACAGAUGAAAUUAUACGACUUACGAAUGUAAAGAAACAAUCGCGAAUUAAUCAAAAGCGUAUAACUGUGAAUAUCGGCGUAGAAAAAAAAUACGGAACACGAGAAUGUGUGAGAUGAAUUAGUAUAUUGUCCGCUGAGUGGGUGCCUUCGUCAGGGUUUUCCGUUACAGUAAACAGACAGUUCUCAAGUAUAACUCACAAUUAGUAGUGCUAUAGUAGGACAGUAAUCACAGUGUACCGCAGUUAAACAGUUAAAUAAGUAAGUAUACGGGAAGCACGUGGUCUUUUUCAGUGUCUGCAGAAUCUCGUCGUACACUAUCUACCGUUUAAUCGGGUAGUGGCACGACCGAGAGUAUACCGGAUUCAUUUCGUGCGCAACUUCCUACCGGAAACCUCUCCCGAUCCACCGUUUGGCUAAAACAUUUCUACCCUCCCCGGACGACCUCUGAUUUUUUGGACCUUGAACGACCGGUGCAAAAAAAUUCGAUCGUAUUUUCGAGAGAAAAUAUCAUAUCCUAAAUCAAAAUUCAAAAAAAAAAGUUCUCCAAUCUUACCAAACCGGUCGCUCGCAACCUCUCCUUUCACAAUUCAAUCGACAUUUAACAAAUAAAUAUGAUAAUAAGUGUACUAAGUGUCUGUAGCUUAGCCAACGUGUACGUUGUAUACUCUGAGAGUAGGCGCGAGAAAACGAGCUGACGAAGAAGGUAGGAAAGUGGAAGAGAUAGCGGGAGAAAGGAGAGAGAUAGACGAUUGCACGGUGGAGCCAUAUUUAACUAACUGAUAACAAUUAAUUAAUUACAGUAAUCAUUCAAGAUGACUUAAUUAACAGUUAACCGUAUACCGCAUACACACAUGAAUAAUUAUUAAUUACACGUACUCCAGUAUAUAAGUAAGAGCCGUAGCGGUAGCGCCGCGCAUACCGCGCGCACCGCAUCUAUCCAAUAAAGAAAUCGCGAAGGCACUCACUACGGAGAUCAACGAGCAGGGACUUUGGGACUCGGACGCGAAUCGGAGGGUACCUGAACACGCGAGCCGAGAUUUCCAGAUCCGAAAUUUCCGCCGAGUAUUUAACGUGAACAUGAAAAAGAAAAAAAACAAAAGAAAGAAAAAGGAAAAUGCGCCAAAUCCGGCGAAGUUUUGGGAAACCCGUCCGGUUCUUCUGGCAUCGGACGAUUAACCUGUUCGACUCUCAGGAUUGUUUCAGCCCGCUCAACAAGAUCGCGACCGCGUUCGGGCAACGCGUGUUCAGGUGUCCCGCACCCCCAUUACUUUAUUGGUCUUUCAAGUGCAACGUUGAGUUAUUUCACUUAUACAACGUUGUUUUUCUACACAAAUACAAAAUACCCCACCACCCGUCCCCACCGGCGAACCAAUCCACCUCAUCACGCUCCCGCAGGAAACAAAGCAUACCCCUUCACCCACCGUCCCAACCACUCAUCCCCCCCCCCUCACCAUAUACAAUGUUGUCUCACGUCCGUUCGCGAUAAACUUAGUUGCGAGUCCAGCGGCACAGCCGCGUUCCGUUCCUCGUUAGAGAAAAUUAAAAGGGAUAUCGGGAAAAAUCUUUUUAUUUUUAACAAAAAAAGAGAAUUUUGGAAUUUCUUAUAAAAAUAUUACCGAUUUAUUUCUAUGUUCUCGAGAAAUGCUUUGGAAAAUUUUAGAAAAUUCUUUGAAAAUAAUCUAAUUUGCGACUCCUUUGACGGUUAAUUAUCUUCGAUAAUGGAACGGAACGCGACUUGACCUCGACUCCAAAAAAAAAGCGAACGUUGAGUUUCUGAUUUCAGACUUUUACGUACAGUUAGUUACCGAGUAAUACAGCGCAAGUUAUCGUUAAUUUUCGACGCGCAGCCUCGUUGCGACGAGGGCGACACUUUAAAAGCGUGCAAACCACCUUGCACGAUCUUUUCACGCCGAAGAGCGCGACGAGGAUGCGCGUGCAGGUUUAAUGGUAUCGAUUGAGUUUGGUCGAAGUCCCCUUUUGGGCAAACACACCGACGCACUUCCGGUCCCGCCGGCCAGCAUCGUUUGACAGAAAAAAAGAAAGAAAAAAGGGAGGGAGGAGGAAACGAUCUCGAGCCUCCGAGAAGAUCGCGACAGAGAGGGAGCGAUCCUCCGUUCGAAAUUCAAUUCUAGUCAAAAGAGGGUACAAAGCCGAGACGGGUGUCAACUCGGACAGGCGAAAUCGGUACUUAUUUAAUGCGAGGAGAAAGAAAGGAGGAGACAGAAGGAGAGAGAAAGAUGAAAGGAGGAGGCUCGAGAAGAGAGAGAGGGAGGGAGAGAGAAGAAAACUUUCCAUAGGAUUGCGCGAGCGCGUAUUUCACUCGGCGCGCAGAGAAGAGA